AUGGACAAGAUUCUUGUGCCCAUGCCCGGCGGGGGCAGCCAGCAGAGUGCAACCGUGACGAACGACGGUGCGACCAUCUUGAAGUCCCUGUGGAUCGAUAACCCUGCUGCGAAGAUCUUGGUGGAUAUAUCCAAGACGCAGGACGCAGAGUGCGGGGACGGUACUACCUCCGUUGUCGUCCUGGCGGCAGAAAUGUUGCGGAAUGCGCAGAUGCUCGUGGAGCAGAGGAUGCACCCCCAGGUCAUCAUCAAGGGCUAUCGCCUGGCGCUCGCCGCUGCGCGGGAGACGCUCGAGGGCAUGGCGACAGACAACGGGACCGACCCUGUCGCGUUCCGGGAAGAUCUGCUGAAGAUUGCGCGGACAACUCUGAGCUCGAAGUUGCUGAAGCACGAGAAGGAACAUUUUGCAACGCUGGCUGUGGACGCAGUGCUGCGGUUGAAGGGCGGACCAAAUUUAGAUUAUAUCCAGGUCAUCAAGAAGCCAGGUGCUUCUCUCAAGGAUUCCUUCCUGGAGGAGGGGUUCAUCCUCGAGAAGAAGAUCGGGGUAGGGCAUUCAAAGGUGCUCACCGAUUGCAAGAUCAUGGUGGCAAAUUGCCAGAUGGACACAGACAAGAUAAAGAUCUACGGCGCACGCGUCAAGACGGAUUCAUUCGAAGCCGUCGCCGAAAUAGAGAAGGCUGAGAAGGACAAGAUGAGAACCAAGGUUGAGAAGAUCUGCAAGCACGGCUGCAACGUGUUUAUCAACCGCCAGCUCAUCUACAACUACCCCGACCAGAUCUUCAAGGAGAGCGGUGUGAUGGCCAUCGAGCACUCGGACUUCGAGGGAAGCGAACGCCUGGCAGCGGUGCUCGGUGCCGACAUCGUGUCCACGUUCGACAACCCAGAGCUCGUCAAGCUCGGCUACUGCAAGCAGAUAUCCGAGAUGAUGAUCGGCGAAGAUAAGGUCAUCAAGUUCUCCGGCUGCUCGCAGGGCGAGGCCUGCACCAUCAUCCUGCGCGGCGCCUCCACGCACAUCCUGGACGAGGCCGAGCGCUCGCUGCACGACGCGGUGGCCGUGCUGUUCCAGACGGUGCAGGAGACGCCCGACGGCGCGACUCGCGGACGAAGAGCGCGCGCUCGCUUCUAA